AUGGGUGAUUGUGAUGAAAAUAUGAUGGACAUGGCCUGGGAGCAUCGUUGUAGGCAGUUGGAAGUAUUAUUUUUAGGAGGUCCUGUAGUGACCAAAGAAAAAAGUUUAAGCAUUGAAACGUUAAUUGAUGUUUUAAUAGUUUUGUAUGAUGAGUGCUCUAAUUCCAGUUUAAGAAGAGAAAAGGCUGUGUCUGAUUUUAUUGACUAUGUAAAACCUGUAGCAAGUACAGUAAAGACCUUACGUUUAACCAAAGAUGACUUUGAUAUAAUCAAAGUUAUUGGUAGAGGAGCAUUUGGAGAAGUAUGUGUAGUAAACCUAAAAGGAUCUGAAAAAGUCUUUGCCAUGAAAAUACUGAAUAAAUGGGAAAUGCUUAAAAGAGCUGAAACAGCCUGUUUUAAAGAGGAAAGGGACGUUUUAGUCUAUGGUGACAGAAGAUGGAUAACUCAUCUGCAUUAUGCAUUUCAGGACGAAUCCAAUUUGUAUUUGGUUAUGGAUUAUUACUGCGGUGGAGACUUAUUAACACUAUUAAGCAAAUUUGAAGAUCGCAUUCCUGAAGAUAUGGCAAGAUUUUAUAUAGCCGAAAUGGUUUUGGCAAUAAACUCAAUACAUAAUCUUCGAUAUGUCCACAGGGAUAUAAAACCAGACAAUGUUUUAUUGGAUGCAAAUGGCCAUAUUAGAUUGGCAGAUUUUGGAAGUUGUCUAAAAUUAAGUUUAGAUGGGACAGUCCAAUCAAAUGUAGCAGUAGGAACCCCGGACUAUAUUUCACCAGAAAUUUUAAGGGCAAUGGAAGACGGUCAAGGAAGAUAUGGACCUGAAUGUGAUUGGUGGUCUUUAGGAGUUUGCAUGUACGAAAUGCUUUUUGGGGAAACUCCCUUUUAUGCUGAAAGCUUAGUAGAAACAUAUGAUGUAAAUUGGGAAGAAAUAAGAGAUAGCAAUGCUCCAUAUAUUCCUGAAGUAUCAAGUCCAACUGACACAUCUAAUUUUGAUGUUGAUGAUGCUGAUAUUCGCAUGUCAGAAACUUUACCUCCUGCUUCUAAUAAUGCAUUUACAGCGCUUCAUUUACCAUUUAUAGGCUUUACAUUUACAGAAGAAAGCUGCAUUUGUGAUUUAAGUAAUCUACUAAUGUAUAUUAACACCAAUUUAAAGGAAAUUUUAAAUUUAAAACAUCAAUCCUUAGAGUAUGAAAACAAAUUAUCUCCCGAUGGAACAAGAAAACUACAAGAUGAAAUUAACAUUUUAAAGAAAAAAAAUUGUAAACUGGAGUCGCAGUUACUAAGUAUUGAAUCUGGGAAUAAGGAACUUUUUGAUGAUCAUGAUGGUAUGUUAUGCUUAAUGCUUGUUAUCUAUUAUAUGUAA